AUGGGAGUAGGCGUCUUCGCAGUAUUACUGCUCGCCGUGCUGGCACUCCUUCGCGCCCUCCGCAAUUAUAGUUGCUUGUGUGCCAUCCCUGGGCCCCCGCUCGCUGCAUGGUCGGAUCUUUGGCGCAUAUUCGCUCGCAACGUACCUCGCUACGGUCAACGCCUAUCGAUCCUUCACCAAAAUUAUGGCAUGGUGGUGCGUUUAGGUCCAAACCACCUCAGUAUUGCCGAUGGCACGCGGUUUGCCCAGAUAAACCGGGACCACCCGACCCAGUCAGUUACAGUACCACAGUAUGAAGACCACCUAGCUAUCCCAGACGGCCCCAUGAAUAGCCCCGAAAAUUCUCAAAUGACACAUGCAGUAUGGGAAUACGCGCAUGGGUUAGCACAGUACGAAGGGCUUAUCGACCUAUCCGCCAAACAGCUGAUCAGGGCGAUCAGAAAAUACCAAGUCCUAGACCUAACAGCAUCCCUGCGAAUAUUCGUCUCGUCCUUUCUUACCGACCUUACCACGGAUGGGCUGUUAAACAAGGAACCGGUAAAUGACCAGAUGGCAGCAAACAACCGAUACUUGAGGGCAUUCUCAGUGGUGGAGUAUAUGCUCAUCCGCAGCCCAGUGACGGCACUCAAAAGAGAUCGCGGACGUCGCAUGACGACUUGUUCAGGACUGCCCUUGCCUGCGUCUACAGUUGCUGGUCGAGGGACUGGCGCUCUCCCAGCCCGUCCAAAGACUCGCGAUUCGAGCUCCGUCGAGGGAUCCCGCGGUGCCGCUCGUGGAGCCGAUGGUGUUGCCAGUGCAUUCCUAUCGCUGUUUUACUUCCUUCUGAAGGGCCAGAGGAUAUUUGCUAGACUCAAAAAUGAGAUAGACACAGCAUUCUGUGUUGGAUCACUGUCAGACUUGCCUUUAUGGAGGGAACUCAAUAGAUUACACUACCUGGACGCUGCGCUGAAAGAGUCGAUGCGGCUGUCAUCAGCGGCCGCCUUUGAAGAAGAGAUUGUAACACUAACAGGUGUUACUCUGUCGGGAUUUCCAAUCCACCGGGGCACUACUAUAGCAUGCAACGCACGUGUUUUGCACUUUGAUGACGAUGUUUUUGGGAACGAUGUCCACCUAUUCCAACCCGAGCGAUGGCUAACGAGAGAUGCCCAACAGCGAAGCCGCAUGGAGCACGGGUUAUUGCUAUUCAACCGCUGCGUGCGUGGUUGCCCAGAAGUCGAAGUGGCAUGGCUGGAGUUGAAAAAGGUCGUCGUCUUGAUCAUACUGAAGUUCAAUUUGCAACUCUUCCAUGUCGCAGAGCCCAGCAACGAUAAGGAUGAUGGCAUGGAUUCCCCGCCUUCCAUGAUCGUGGGAUUCACCCCACGACUUCCUGGAUUUUGAGCCAUUCCUUAGUUAGCCAUUCCGUUUAAUCAUCAGACUACCAUUUUCUGGCAUUAAUUCCCGCAGGCUAUGGCGCUCAAACCUUUGUUGACAAAUUGAAAUGUGGCCACGUCGCAUUCCUCCCAGCCUCUGCGCAUCCGCUUCCCUGUUCUUUUCCACUUCCCAUCCUUCCUCUUGUCCUUUUUCUAUUCUAUCAAAGAUACCCACUCUACACAUGCUAUUUUUCAUUUUACCUUAGAAUUAUUGACACCUUACUUUCCGUCUCCUUGUGGGCCUUUCCCGAGAUAGAUCUAGAUAAUUCUCCGUGCACUAAACGGAAAUAAAGGAGCCACCUCCAAAAG